CUGACAUGUUACAGAACACAACCAAGAGCAGACGAGAUACGACUACCCAUCAAAUGUGACUGUACUACUGCGAAUAUGUCAUUUCAAUUCGUUGACAACAAUACCGCCUUUAGCUGUGCCACCAGGAAGCAAAUCCGCAGCCACGCGGGCAAGGGUCGGACUGCCGGCAAGGUGCUCGUGCCUGUAUCCAAGAAGAAAGAGUUGAAACCCAGAGUCGCCGCCGCUACUAGCCUCUUUAGCAUCUCAGACACGGCAUCGGAAGCGUCUGAGGCGCAAUCGAACGAAGAUGUAGGCGUUGAAAUUGUCCGCCCGGUCGGAGAUGGUUUGUCCUUUCCAGUAAAACUAGCUCCUGGGUCCACACGGCUGGCACGAAAAGUACUUGACUUGUUGAGGGGACCAAGAUAUGCGCCGGAGCUGAGCAACGCCAUUUCAUUUCCGAGUGGAGGCGUUUCAAUGUGGGUUCGAUACAUGUUGCUUGACGAAGCUUGGUCAGUUUCGUCGAGGUCUCAUUCACGUCAAAGGGCUUCGGUAGAUGACGGAGUUGCGGGGAGGAUUAUCCCAGCUCGCACAAACGGAACCUGGCCUGACUACAAUGAUACUGAGGUGAAAUGUCCACAACGCGGUGAUUCGCUGAAUCUGGAUGCUAAUUCUUGUCAAAGAGUUGAUUUGGAAUGCUCCCUGCAAUUGGGGUCGGAGACCCUAUUUACCGUCGAGGACGUCCGACGAUGUAGCCACGCGUUGUUUGGACAUGAUGGAAACUGGAGCGGGGAGAAAAUUCAAGAUGCUGUAAGCAGCAUUGACCUUCGCUUGUCUACACAGUUGGGUACCGACCUAUGGGAGCUUUUUGUCGAUAUCAGAAAGUUUGCAUGGGGUCUCAACGACGCAAGCGUUGGCCGUCGACCAAAGAUGAGCGGGGAUGAACUUCAUGAAUUUCUAAUAGUGCUUGGGUAUCGCCUUGUUUCCGCCAGCUCUCUGGACCAACUUCGAUUCCCCAGCCAUUUGCACGCGCCAAUUCAAUUCGGUUUAGCGUCAUUCCUGGUGACGUUCUUGCGAGGUCUUGACAGGAAGACGAUCCGGUACCCUCGGAUAUCCACGUUAUCUUGGUCAGCAGCUCAGCAUGACUUUACGGCGCAACGAGAGGAUCAAGAAGUGCUGCUUUGGCUGUUGUUUAUUGGGAGAUAUACGAUAUUUACGCAAACAGAUGAUUCCUGGCUGAUUCCAAAAGUGAAGGUCGCAGUGGAGGCCCUCGCACUGCAAAGUUGGGAAGAUGCACGACGAACACUUGCAACAUUCCCGUGGGUCGGUGAUCUGCACGACAAAGCCGGCCAAAGUUUGUGGGACGAUUCAACUGCUUUUACAGAGCACUGA